AUGUCUCAAAUAACGGAUGCAGAAAAUUGGAAAAUAAAUCAAGAUUUUCUUGAAAAAGCACAACCAGGAGAUAUGAUACAAUUUAUUCGAACUCUUUAUAGUCAUUGGGCAAUUUACAUUGGUGAUAAUGAAGUCAUUCAUCGAUGGGGUGAUAAUGAUGGUAUUGGACAAACAAUUGGUGUAUGGGGAAAUGUAACGACUAUUUUUGGUGUACAAUUUAACAAAGCUAAAAUAACUAAAUCAAAGAUAUCUGAUGUACUGAAAUAUGGUGGUAAAAUUCGUAUUAAUAAUUAUCUUGAUUCAAAAUGGAAACCAUUACCUGUAACAGUAAUUCUUGAAAAAGCUCACAGUGCUACUAACCAAGAAGGUUAUAAUGUAUUAUAUAGUAAUUGUGAACAUUUUGCUACUGAUUGUCGUUAUGGUCAACAGUGA